AUGGCCCAACAAAUUUCAUCAGGUAAACAAAAGCCGAAGGCCACGACCAUUGAAGACUGGGCUCGGUCCGAUGUCUAUCACAACUCCUUCCUCAUCCCACAAGAUUCUGUACUUGACGCCGCCCUGAAGAAUAGCGCUGCGAAUGAUCUACCGGAGAUUGCUGUCAGCGUUUCACAAGGGAAAUUUUUGCAACUUCACGCCAGGGCUAUCCAAGCGAAACGAAUUCUGGAAGUUGGAACACUUGGAGGUUACUCCACUAUAUGGCUGGGACGUGCGCUCCCCGAGGAUGGAGAGCUGAUUACGCUGGAGAUUAGCAGCAAGCACGCAAAGGUCGCCGAAGAGAAUUUAUCCAACGCUGGGUUAUCGUCCAAAUGCAAAAUCAUCGUUGGCCCAGGACACGAGUCCAUGGUCGAGCUCCCUUCAGAAAAGAAAUUUGAUUUCAUUUUCAUUGAUGCAGACAAGCCGUCGAAUGUCAAAUACUUUACCGAGGCGAAACGGCUCAUUAGGAAGGGCGGCGUCAUUAUCGUUGAUAAUGUUGUGCGUUUUGGGCGCGUUGCCGACCCAGAGCAGUCUGACCCUAAUAUUGAAGGAGUAAGAUCAUUGUUGAAUGCUUUGAAAGGCGACAAGGAUGUAGAUGCCACGACCAUAGCUACUGUAGGGGAGAAGGCGUACGAUGGCUUCAUUUACGCCAUUCGAAACUAA